AUGCCUAUCAACUUCGCCGAGUCGUCUAUUCCCAGAUACGGAUGGAGCAGACCAACUAUCGUCCAUAUCCCUGCUAGCUACCAACAGGCCGUAGCCGAAGCUCAUCCAAGCGAUGACCCAUUUGCUAUGUCUACUAUGCAUGACAUUCCGCUUCAUGAUGAUUCACCCUACGAUGAUUUUUCCAAGCAAGAUGGCAAUCAGACUCCUGUUUCGGAGCAAACGGCUUCACAGCCAUCCCAAUCGCCAUGGAGCAUGGGGCGUAACCUUACUCACCCCAAACCAUCUUCCCGAGUGGAUCGCGAUGAAGCGCGUUCUGAAUGGGAGACCAUCGCUGGUGAUGAUGAGCCUGGUUACCAAUUCAACAGACGCCCAAAGCCCAGAGUCACGUUGAAGAGUCUCGGACUAGUCCCUGACACCGACGAUGAAGAUGACGGCGGCGACGUUAAAGGCAAAGGAACCAAGCCGCCUUUCAAGCGACCCGGCACUCCUUUUGACGCGUUUGGCUUCUCUAGCCGCUCUGGAGAGCAUGAAGAAUACGCUAUCAGCCCAGCCUCUGUUCACCAUGAGCACUCUGAAUAUGCCAGACAGCCCGUCUAUGGAGCAGAAGUUCAGGACAUGGGUCCAUCUCGGUCAACAGCACGCAGAGACUAUCGAGACUAUCGAGUCAACUCCAAGACAUCGAGCAGCGAGAGUACUGAUCGUUUCAAGUAUGAUGGAGAAGCCUACUCCACCUUUCUGCAGCCAUCCAAUACACGGGAAACCAAAAACUCGACAUCUCGCCCUAUCGCCACGAACAAGGAAAGAGACUUGAGCAUGCGAGCAAAGUUUGAGUCAAAGGAGUCUACUACGCCUAGCCAGACGGCCUUUUACAAUCCGACCGCCGUUUUCGAGCGCAGCACAAAGAAUGCCAAGGCAGGAAAUGGUGAAUGUUGGCCACAACUCCGCGCUGAUGCUGGCACAGAUGCCGACUGGCAAACUGUUACCACUGGACCUGUUGGCAGAGCUCGAGACCAAUCUGAGCUCAAUCUCAUCAAGGGCACAGGCAGCAGCCUCGCGGAUGUCUCUGACAUUAUUGAAGAACAUCCCUAUCCCCCACCCAAGAGCUACAGAGUCCCUGGCAAGAUUUCUCACCGACGUAAUCGGCCUAUCCAUCAUCCUGAAGGCUUCUAUGCCGAAACUUUUGCUCAGCCUAAGCCUCGUGCUGGUAAUCAGUACGAAUUCCCCGCUGGUAAUCAACGUCAGCAGAGAGCUGUUCGCGAACCUUUUCAGCCUCCUGUUCGUGCUGCGGCUCCCAUUAGGCGCCCCUCGAACCCUUUCUUGACUCCUCCCAAUUGGAAGACCUCAGCUCGUAUUACGGAGUUGGAGGAUGGCCCUGAUAAUUACCCGACUCCAAGCCCGAGCCGCAUCAUUCAACCUCAGGCGGACACUACUCUGGCCCUUACGCGAACCGACUCUUCCGAGACUGUUUGGCCCUGUGUCAUUCGUCCUGAUGAGACGGUAAAUGAGUUUGACCAGGCAUUUUGCGAAACUCGAAUUAAGGAUACGACCCUGCCUAGCGAAGAUUCUACCAACGCUUUUUCUCGUUUGCCAUUCGAACUGAUCGAUUUGAAAGAGGCAGCCAAAACUUAUGGCUCUCAAAGAUACCGCAACGCAGAGGAAGCCGACUCUUUUGCCCAAAGAGCCAGACUUGGACCUCUCUGGUCAGGCUACUCCAACGAGGCCGGCCCAUCUUCUUCUGGCGGCUAUCGCUUUGGCGGCUCCAACAACCCUCCCGUGACACGUCCCUCUAAGGCACUGUUUCGAGAUCAAAUAACCAACAGUCGCCCAGCUGUUGAGUUUGACUUUGCCGACAAUACGCCAACCCCGUCUUCGGCUAUUCUGGGCUCUUUGAGAUCGAAGCUGUCUCUCCGCCCAAAGCCUAAGCCAGCUCCUCGCUUUGGACACUUUAGAGCUGCAGCCGCCUUGGGAGCCAAAUGUCUCCGAAUCAAAGCUCCACCGGCCAAAUCUCAGAACGACAACGGUCAGGAAUGGACCUUGCCCAGAACCGAGACUGCAGGUGUCUUGACUCCCUCGGAAGUUGAGCUGAUCGAGUCCGCUCGCGGAGAAAUCAUGGAACGUCGCCGAUCUCCUGAAGAAGCAGAGCACAAGCGCACCGUCUUAUUCAUGGGAAUCAUCAUCUCCUCCAUCGUUUUCCCCUUGAUUGGGCUUCUUGCUUUGUUGGGCAUUUUCGACUCGACUGUUUGCUGGUAUGCUCUUGGUGAGAUGAAGGGCUUUACCAAAGAGCAGCGAGGCAUGCUCAUACAGCAGCUUCUCGUCGAGACUUUUGUCUACACGGUCUUGACCGUAUUCCUCAGCCUUCACUUUUCAGGCAAAAUCUAA